CGGGUAGGUGUAAAAAGUAAACACACAUCAAAAUUUUAAUUAAUCUAUAAUAAAAAUAAUUACAAGUGUUAAUAAAAUAAAAAGGCACUAUAUUAUGAAAGUAUAAGAUUAAAUACCUGCCAUACAUUAUUAUCUCCUUCGAAGAAGCAAUAAUACCUGUACUGUUGCAUAAACACUGAGAUAACCUCAAAACACUAGCUAUGGAGAGCAUCAAGGAGUCGAUUGCUGAGAUGAUGGGCCAGCUGAAUGUGCGAAUGGCAAGCUUUGAGGCACAAAUAAAUAAGUCUCCGGCAUCUCCUUCAGCUGCAGGACUGGCAACUGAGUUCGCAGCUUUCAGGAGCUUCACAGUCACUGCAUUCAACAUGCUCCAGAAGCAGGUUGAAAUGUUGGCAAGAGGCAUGGAUCACCUGGACAUGCGCAGCCGCCGGAAGAUCCUGCUUGUCCACGGGAUACCGGAGGAUAAGAAGGAAGACGCGGCCAACUCAGUUGUUAGGGUGAUCACUAAGCACACUGAGGAUGCUGACUUGUUCUGCAGAGAAGACAUCGCUCGCAGUCACAGGAUGGGGCGUGUAGGUGACAAGCCCAGGCCCAUCCUUGUCAAGUUUAAGGACCUAGCUCUCCGGAACAAGGUGUGGUACUCCAAGGCAAAGAUGAAGGGCAGCGGGUUCACACUCUCAGAAUUCCUCACUAAGCCGCGACAUGAAGCUUUCAUGGCGGCCAGGCAGCGCGUUGGCGUGAAGCAGUGCUGGACACGGGACGGCUGCGUGGUGGUGCUGGGCGCUGACGGCAAGCAGCAUCGCGUUGUGACGCUCGCUGAGCUCGACCAGGUUUGUCCGCCGACCAGUCAGAACGUCGGUCAGGCGGCACCAAAGGCCACCAGCAGUAAAGCCCCAGACGUUUCGUUGGCUUCCAGUAGAGCGAAGCGAGCUGCAUCCAAGAAAUAAUCCGGUUCGGUAGGAGUGCACUAGACUUUGUUUUUCCCGGUCGCUUUUCGAGGCAAACAACAUAGUCAUACCCUCUGUUUUUAACUUUUUUUUCUUUUAUUUUUCUGUUGUUGUCUUGUGAUUUUGUGUUGAAUUUCAUUUUUUCGGUGGCAACUAUCUUUAUUUAUGUUGUCAAUGUCAAGUUGUGAAGCUAUCGUAAAUGUCAAUGUCAAUUUUUAUUUUUAAUAACCCAGUGACAGCUAUACUGACAUAUUAUAGUCUGUGUAUGUGAAACUUCUUAUUAUUCUGAGAACUACAGUAAUAGAUUAUAGUUUUGUUUUUCCUCAU